GCAUUAUGGGCUUCUGGAAUAAGGCGAAUAGGAAGAACUGGUACAAAUUUGAAACGAAUCAGCAGACGGAAAUCUCAGCACGCAAAAUGCGUUUUUCGGAGUAAAUGAUGAAAAUAAGAAACGUGAAAAAAAGCCAUGAGUCGGGACAGCAAUGUGCAGCUCAAAUUUUCGGAUCAUUUCAACUCUAAAUGGCUUCAAGAGAGCUGCAGAGCGGUUAGCACUUCAACUGAGCUUGAUGCGCUGUAUUCUAGACUAAUUUCCAGUAAGGAAAUUAUCAUCAAUGUACCACAUACUAUUCAUCUGAAGGGACCCAACAUUCCUGACUUUGACCAAGAUACUCCAUCAAAUGAAGAACAGGAACAUUUAGUUAAUGCUUUAAUAUCAAGUCAGACGUCUUUGGCUGAAAUAGUUGUAUCAAGUUCACCAUUUGCACAAAACCUAAAGAAAAGGCUUUCAGUACUUCAAAGAAUUUACCAUGCAACAUCAAAGCUUUGUCAACUUCCAACUGUUGAGAUCAUUGAUGGUAUUGGGGUUUCAGACAAUAAUUCUGGGUCCUCUCAGGAUGACAAUGAGCCUAAGACGGGAAAUGAGGUUCUUGUAGAACUUGGCGUGGAGACUGGCCUCAGCCUUGUGUUUUCACUGCUUGAACAAAACUGGAAACUGUCAGCGCAAGUUGGGACUACAAGCUUUUGCAACAAUGUUUUAUCAACAGCACUAAACAUACUAGUAGUGCUUAAACCUUUGUCAUUAUCAAAUGAAUCAAAGCUCACACGUCUAGGUAUCAAAUCCUUGAAUCAAACAUCAAGUUUUCUAAAGUCAGUAUGCAGCUCAAAUUCUGGUGCGGAAGGUUCUGCGAGGAAGUUGGCCUCAGAGCUAAUGAUAACUCUGGCAGCCCAGCGUGGGUCCCUUAAGUUUCUCCUGGAAUGGGUGGAGCUGGCUGUGAUGACCCCAGCCCGCCCUGGUAACAGUGAUGGGGAAAACAAGAUCAGCUGGCAGCUUUUCCAUGAUGUUACUGGCAAGAUGAUGAAGUCAGCAGGGUUUGGAGAUCUGCAGCCAGGGUCGGUAGAGGAACCAGUGUGUGAUGAGGAUGGGCAGGUGCUUGUUUACCAGGCCGCCAUAUACCUACUACAGCAGUUGCACAAGCUGGCAAAGGACUACUGUAUGUCUCUUUCCCGCCUGUCCCCACCCUCCUCAGAUACCCCACCCUUCCCCAGCACCUCCCGCUCCUCGGGCAUCUCCUCGACAACCUCCUCCGUCGCCAUGGAGACGAGUGACGUAUACAUCUGGGGCAGCAACAGCACCCACCAGCUGGCUGAGGGAACCACAGAGAGGAUUCUUACACCUAAGAUCUCCUCAAGCUUCAGGGACAGUCCUACGGCUGAGGCUGGACAGUUCUGCACUUUCCUGCUCACAAAGGAGGGGUAUGUGAAUGCAUGUGGGAAGGGUAGCUAUGGGCGACUUGGUCUUGGUGACUCCACCAACCAACCCUCACCCAAGAAACUCACCUUCCCAAAGGACCGCCCAAUCAAGGCCAUCUCCUCAUCCAAGGGCUCGGAUGGACACACCUUAGCCCUCUCCAGAAACGGGGAAGUCUUCAGUUGGGGUGAUGGGGACUAUGGAAAAUUGGGCCAUGGAAACAACUCCACACAGAAAAUUCCAAAACAAAUCGCUGGGCUCUCUGGCAUUAUGGUGAAGCAGAUAUCGGCAGGAUUUCGUCACAGUGCAGCGGUCACGGAAGACGGGGAUCUAUACACCUGGGGCGAGGGAGAUUAUGGCAGGCUAGGCCAUGGUGACAGUGCAAGUAAGAAUCUGCCAACAAAGGUGAAAGAUUUACCUCCCCUGGACCAUGUGGCCUGCGGUAGCUCACACACGGUGGCUGUGUCCAAGGAUGGCAAGACAGUCUGGUCAUUUGGAAGCGGAGAUGCUGGUAAACUAGGUCAUGGGGACACAUGUCGGCAGUACAAGCCGAAGGUGAUAGACAGUCUGGCUGGCCUGGUGUUACAGAAAGUCACAUGUGGAUGCCACUUCUCCAUGGCACUCUCCAACACUGGACAGCUAUAUGUGUGGGGAAGUGGGUCAGUGAUCGGCUGUGGAUCCCAAGAUGCUAUAGACGCCAAGCCCCGGGUUCUGGAGGACUUGCAGACUGUCCGUAUCAUAGACAUUGCCAGUGGGGACAACCAUUGCCUAGCUUUGUCAUAUGACAACUGUGUGUAUGCAUGGGGUAACAAUGCCAUGGGUCAGUGUGGUCAGGGUCAUUCCCAGAGCCCAGUGACACGCCCCCGGAAGGUGGUCGGGCUAACCAAGGUGCCUGUACAGCAAAUAUCUGCCGGCACAUCACACAGUCUUGCAUGGACUGCCGUACCCAGUGACAGACGCAUGUUGUCCCUGCACAAGGCUUUCUGUGUGGACAUACAGGAGGAAACCUUUUGUGUGCUGAGGUCAUUCCUGGAGAGAUACUGCCUCGGAUUCACUGAUCAAACCCCGCCACAGCCCUUCAACACAGAAAUUGAGCAUGAGGAGUUUGUCUUGCUGUGCCUGAAGGUACUGUGUGUUCACCUGAACAUGGCGGCUAACAUGAGCCCAAGCACUUCUCACUUGGGAGCCCAGGCCCGCCCGCUCAGGAAUCUUCUCUUCAAGGUCAUUGAUAUGAACACUCCACAGUCAAUACAGAUGAAAGUGUGUGAGUGCCUGUCUGUGGGGACCAGCCUCCUGUUGCCGAGCCUAGGAGAAAGGCUGGAGCUGCUCCACUCCCUCCUGCCACAGUCUCCAGAGGCAUGGAAGGCCCUCUCCAAGGGACAGAUGAUGCAGUUGAACAUGGUGUUACACAGCCUACAGAACAACAGCCACAUAGCAGUGCUACUGGGCCUGAAGCAGACCAGGGCAGCCAGUCUACAGUUCACACCAGACCUAAACCUGACACAGAUGCUUAUGAAGAACUUACUAAGGAAUCUCACUUUUGAAACUGAAAUGGCUCUUCACCAUGUAGAGACAACCUCUGACACAGGUGAGGCUAGCAUGUACCAGCCCGACUCCUGCUGUCCUCAGCUACAUGACCUCCUCUCAUCUAUACACAAACACCUGUUUGCCUACUGCACACAGGAGGAACACACACAACCUACUUAUGAUGGAGUGAUAGAGCUGAUCCAGGAGCACAUAUCUCUAAUCCUGCCUCUGAGCUCCGAGCUGCUCUCACAGUCAGCUCGUAUACUGGGACACUGCCAGGACAGGAAACUGCUCAUACAGGAACAUGUACUCGACAUCCUGUAUGACUCACCAGUUGGAGCGAUGCUGUUCCAUCUACUGCAUUCCCUCCUGCUGAUUCCCCAGUGGAGAGUUGUCCCCCUUCUCAACUCGCUGCUCUCCCUUCUCUCGAGACUCGACCACCUCUGUAAACUCCUCACAAACAUCGAACGAUACGAGAAAAGGGAACUUGAACAAUGUUUCAACUCUAGCAUGUCCGCUUUAUGGUUGGUUGACUUAGAAAGGGUGUGCUCUCUUCUGAUUGGUCAUUGCCUUGGCAGCAUGUUGCUGGGUCCACCAAUCAGUGAAGCUGAAAAUAUGUCAGCGGCCUGGCUGGAGAACAAAAUCUUCAGCAAUGGGCUGGAAUCCUUGCCAACUGGGUGUGAGGAUGUAGGUGAGGAAGUAAAUCAGAUAGUGUCAUGCCUACUGGAGUUCCCUACAGAGACUGCGGGUCACUAUGAGCGAUUGAGUGCAACAGAAUGGGAGAGGGACACUGACUGGCUUCUCAAACUGGGCUGUCAUGUGCAGGAGGACAGCGUGGUGGCCAUACACAGCCUCAUGGUGGACACGGCUGAGAGCCUGGACCUUGACACAUGUGAUGUACGUGGUGACCCUGUGCUGGAGUUGGUCACCCGCUUCACCCUGGCUGCAAUCCUCAAGCACACCAACACAGUGGAGCAGGCUAGGAGUGGCAAGAUUGGCAUUGAUGAUGCCAGCUUCAUAUCAGCUGUGCAGGAGGUUUAUCGUCUACGCCUGUACCUAGUUAACCGUCAUAAGUUCCAGGUUGCCGGGAGUGAUGGAGAGAAUGCUCCCCCAAAUCUGUCAGCAGACUUGGACACGGGGGAGAACUCAAGACUCCGCAAUGUAGACAUGGAGAAUGGCCAUGACACUGAUGAUGAGAGUGAAGACGCUGAGACAGUAAGGCCAGAUAGCGAGAGUUCUUACCAGGAUCUGUGUGCCGCCAGCCUUAGACGAGCACUCUUCCUCAUACUGGCUGUCAAAACUUACUGGACUGUGCCAUCUUCACCAAAAGAAACAAGAACAAAUGGGAAACCUAGUGAUAAAAGGGAGAGCAAGUCCGACACUGAGCAAGGUGUUGUUCACAAGGGAAGCUACCCUGAUCUGCAGACCCUGGACCCCUCUAGUGCUGAGUUACUUCACCGCGAGGGCAGUGCCACACCUAACCCAUCAAGUACAGAAACAAGAACAUUACUGUCACUACAAAAAGUUAAACAAACCCUGCGAAGGCUUCGCUGGCACCACCACCACUCAAAGCAACUUGCUGGGCUGAAAAACCUUCAAACUGAGCAAGGCAUAGCUGGGGAGCUGUGUGCUUUCAUUAAGGGAGAGUCUCAGUCUCAGAAAAGGCCGACAGGAGUUGCAGCCCCUGAUGUUUCGUACAAGUCUGUGCUGGAGGCAAUGCAACUGCAGAACAAAAGAGCAGAGAGUCGACUGUAUGCAUUGAACCAGAUCCGGGAGAUCUUGUCAGCCCACAAGGAGAAAGAAGAAGGUGCAGGGCCUCCAGUCCAACCCCAAACCCUGUCCACCCUGCUAUGCUCCGCCCAUCUCUGUCUCCUGGCUGGGUGCUUUAACCUUGGCCUUACACAGGGACCUGAAGGCACAAAGAUUCAACGACUUUCGUACUACUGCGAUGGUGUGAGGUCAGCCCACUCAGAGACCCAGAGAGAAAUCCAGAUUGCUGCUCAUGAUAUCUAUGAAUCUCUCGUGCUAGGACUGCUGGACAUUGUUAGAUCUGAUUCACUUAGUCUAGCCUGCAAGCACCGAAUGAUCCUGGUAUCUCUGUUUUCAUUGAGCGUGAACUACCGGGCUGUGGACAUUUCUCUGUUCACAGCCUGUGGUCUUUUGCCUUCCCUCUAUGAUAUGGUUGGGGUGGUUACGCCCAUAUUUGGUUUUGUGCAGCCCGUCAAUGGCAGACUGCUGCAGUCACAUCUUGCCAUCAUACUGAGGGUUGCCAGCUUCAGAUUGGUCCAGAUUAUCACACUCACUGCAAGCCUACACUGCAGUGAGCUGACCAGUGGGGUGUUACAGUCUGUCCUGGACCUGUUGUGGCUGCAGAUCCACCGUCACCUUGACAAUGCCAGUAGCCAUGGUAACCAGGUGGCCAACUUCCUGGGUUUUGUCCGUCGGGUCAUCCUUGCGCCCAACAUACAGCAACUCCUCACAAACAGGCGCUGGACAGACAUGCUCAUCUCUGUACUCCGGGAGACAAGACAUGGUCACAGUCUAAGGACAAAGCUAGCUGCUCUGCAAGUUCUAGAAAGCGUGCUUCCAGCUUGUGACAGUAAAGACACCGAUUUCCAGAAACAGGUGGUGUCAGACCUGCUCAUCUGCCUAGCAGACAACAUGUGGAGUCUCCCCCUGGAUUGUGCCAUCAUGAGCGCGAGGUUAGAGGAGCUGUCCCUCAUACGAAGAGUUGAGAAACUCAAGAUAGAGGAGUCAAGCACAGAUCAGCUGAAAACCAGUCAGUCAGAUAUCCAGUCCAGCAGCAGGUUUGAUUCCCCCAGGUCCAGCUUUUCAGAUAAUAUUGUCACUGAAUCUGGCCGUUCUCGAAGAAAGGGGAGUAAGUAUGUAAGAAAUGACUCCAUGGGAGGUAACUCUAGUGGAGAAGAGCAAACUAGAGGAGAUAACAACAUUGCAGAAGUGAGCAGGAGUGGUUCCAUUGUCAGUGGGGAUAUUGACUUUGAUGAUGAAGGGCUGACAACAUUGGAUGUGUCCUUUGACCUUGAGAAGUGUGUGUGCUGUACUGUGGAGAAUGGACAUACACUGGUACACAGCAUUGCUGGAAAGGGGUAUGGAGUGGCCUCAACACCCAUCUCUUCUGGGUGUUACACUUGGAGGUUCCAAGUCCUGAAGGAGAACAAGAGCAAUGAGGGUACGUGUGUGGGUGUGUGCCGGUUACCAGUGUUAGACUAUGGGCACCGGUCAACAUCAGACAUGUGGCUGUACCGGGCAUACAGUGGCAACCUGUACCACAAUGGGGAGCAGGCCCGCUCUCUCACAGGCUUCACACAGGCAGACUACAUCAUCUGUGUACUUGACAUGGACUCCAAGACUCUCUCAUUUGGCAAGAACGGAGAGGAGCCGAAGUUGGCCUUUGAAGACAUUGAAGCGACAGAACUGUACCCAUGCGUGACCUUUUAUAGCAGUAAUCCAGGAGAAAAGAUUAAGAUAGUGGACAUGCAGAUUCAGGCAGUCAACAAGGAAUUGCUGCCAGGGGAGCCCCUGUGUGCCCCACCUAGCACCGUCGUGUCCGAGGCCAUGGUCAACCUUAUACGAACUCUACAUUCAAGGCCUGAAUGGACCGAGGUUGUAAAUGAAGCCAUCAUCCAGGGUUUUAACAAGGUCAAGGACACUGACAUGCUACAGGAAGUGCCAGGCAUGAGCAGUAAUCAGGGGAAAGAAACAAAGGAGCCAAAAGAGAACAUUGAGCAGAAAAAUGAUCAAAAGGAGCAACAAGAUUUCAUGGACAAAGAUGAUAAAGAAACAUCUAAGGAGACAAUUGAGAAAGAGAGUGACCUGGAUGAUGACAACAUCUCUCAGCUCUGCUCACAGGUGUGGCCCUGCUUAGCAGUGCUUGGUGGUGUGGACGCAGGUCUCCGUGUUGGAGGCAGAUGUGUUCACCAGGGCACAUCAAAACAGGGAACCAUCCUGGGUGUAACCAGUCAAGGGGCCACCACUGUCAAGGUCCAGUGGGACAAUGGGGACGUCUCUGUCAGUGAUAUGGCCCUGGCCACCCUGAAGCCGUACCCCUCCCCACAGUUUGACAUCAGCCUGGUAACGGGCUUCACAGCCAAACACCUGGAGACCAUCAUGAAACUGGCCUUCCUCACACCACACACAGAGUCCAGUAAAUCACAGUCAAAACCAAAGCCUGCCUUCCCUGUUUCGGUUAUAGAGGGAGACUCCACAGCAGUUGAUGAAGCCAGGGUUGUGCUGGAGGAGUCGGACGCCCUGAUGAGGAAACUUGAUGCGGAUAUCGCCCGGGUUCUUGACCAGGAGGAGCAGGAUCACAACUCUGAUAAGAGGGAUGUUGUCAGGCAAUCUGAUUCAGAGUCCGGAGCCGACCUGAAUGACAGUUUCCUGAGUGCAUCUUCCACAGCGAGCAGUGGCACAAACCUGACGAUGUCUGGCCUGCCAGACCUGACCUCCUCAUUGAAAGUGUCAAGGAGCGAGACAGAAGACUCCUCCACCAGCCUUACUGCAGCUAGUAGUUUCCUCACUGCCAGCAGUCAAAUUGAUGCUUCCAAGUCGGAAUCAAGACACCAGAAAGCAUUGCCUGCAGGUAUAGACACAACAAGAGAUGCUAUCACUUCUCAAACGCAACUGAACCAAACAGCAACCAACAUCUUUGAUAACCAGGAGAACUGUUACGAUGGUCUGCUUGUGCGUUCCCUACACCAGGAAACAGAUAGGGGCGACAGAUCUCCUAGCAGCUCUGGGACUGAACGAAGCCAGGAGGAUACAUCCUCGAGAACAGGGUUGGAGAUUGUGGGCCACAGAGUUAAAUUUGCUGAAGAUCAAGAAGGUGUUGGUUUAAAGUCUGAGAAUCUAGCUUUUGAUGUUCAAAAUCAAACUGAUGGAGAAAAUGAUGCUGAAGUGCAAGACAAGCUUAUACUCAAGGAGAUUACUGCUCUACAGUUCUCUUCCAUCCAGAUAACAGCUUUGAAGGCAGUACAAUGUGUCCUGUCCAGCCAGAAGUAUGGUGAAAUGCUGCUGGUUCCCAAGUCAGACCUGGUGGCAGACAGCAGCAAGGCCCUGGCUGAUGGAACCGUCAUACGGAAGGAUGAGGAGAUGAAAGGGGUGAUAUGUAGCUUUAUGAAGCGGCUCAUCCUUGUAGCGGCUAGCCCCUCCCCCUUCAGGAGGGUGGUCGGUUUGGAAGAGUUGGACAGGACACGCGCGAUGCUCCACAAGCUAGCCAUAGAGAAACAUGCAGAGGAGAAGACUAACCUCCGUGGGCUCAAAGAGAAGUACAUGCCCAUACUUUCAUGCCCACCCUCCUACCAGUCAAGUGUAGAGAGACUGGCACCACCUCUAGCGACGACAGUGCCAUCCAAACCCCCACUUACCCGCCUGUGCAGGGGCCAGGACCGCACCACUGACCAGCAGAGGGCUCUUAUGCAGACAUCCAUACUCCAGUACAUUAGGGCUGGGAACCCAGAGAGUAAUGCAUUACGCGGUGGUCGUGCCCGAAGCCUGCCCCACUAUGUGAACCGUACCCAGCAGGAUGGCACAGGUCACCCGAGCGCCCACACCAGCCAGCUGCCCUCCCUGUUCACCCAGGCCCUUGUCAGCGUGCCUACACCAGCCCCACCCCUCCGUGGACCACCACCACCACAAUACACCACUGCCGGAGCCAGCCCUGUGUUGCGGCACAAGCGUCGAGCCCAGCGCACCCCAUCCCCUCCAUUGAUGCCCCCAAUAUACACUCCGCUGAUUGAGAUGGGCUUCACCUCUUCACAUAUAGACCAGGCUGUAGAAGAAACAGGUAUAGACCAGUGGGAGGUGACAUCUCAGGCAGUGAACAACUUGGCCACAUGGAUGAUAGAGCACCCACAGGAAACGACCCUGCCCUCGACCUCCUUGGAGCCCGGACCAUCCACCAGGGAGCCUACGGUGCCCACUGAGGUUGCCAUCAGCUCUGACAGGCCCACCAGGACAUCAGUGAGUGACGUGGUGGAUCUGUCAGAGUUCCUAAUAGAGGAACUAGAGGAUGACAACCCAGGUCUGAUACGGAGACCAAGAAGGCUAACCCGAACACGGCACCUUGACAUACGCAGCUUCCUUUCCAGUCUUGAGAACCCUGAAAGGCGGGUAGAGAGACCGGAGCGUUCCCGGCAGGUGGACAGUGAUGGUCGGUCCCUGGAGGAGCUAUAUGACGAGGUUCGGGACCUCCAGGAGGAGCUGUAUGGAGAUAUGGCCAUGGAUGACAUCUUCUCCUUUGACAACAGGGAGACACUCGAUCUCUUCACUGCACUUAGGCGAGACUUGGAGGAGGACCUGACUGUUGUGUGUGAGCUGUGUAGGGAGAGGACCAUCAACUUCAACAGGCACAUGAAGACAGCACACCCUGGGUGUGGAGGAAGUUGUGACAACCAUGGUUACCGGAGUACAGGCAGCUACUGUAGUGGCUGGUUUGGUGGCCAGUGUGGGAGCGGCCAUCCAUUCUACCUGCUAUGUCAAGCCUGCAGGCAGCGGUACCUUGCCCAGGGGCCCAAUAGUGAGGGGACAACAGGAAACCAGGAAAGCAGGUUCAAUGAGUUCCAGGAGGGAGUAGAGGCUGUCUCAUCACCAGACAUGGUGUACAAUGUUGAGGGUGAAGGCUGGCUGCCGAGUCUGGACAACACAGACAAGCUACAGCAGCUACUUGGGCUAUCUGACAAGGACUCCGUGCCUGACCCUGUCACCUUCGCAAGUAAUGAUCCCCUUGGGGCAUCCAGUGUGGCAAAAACUGGAGAUGAUAAUGGGUCAACAGGUGCUGAUGGCCCGCGGUGGAGUCGCGGUGAGGAUCGGGCCACAAGGAGCCUUGCUGAGCAGGUGUGUGGGCUCAGUUCUGGAGCAGAUAGACUGCUUGCCCUGCAGAGAACCACCCGGGCGGCUCAGGUUGCACUUGCCCGCGCUGUUAUACUUCAAGCUCUUGCUGUUCUCUCUGGAAGUGGUACAACCUGCAGCCUGCCAGCUGCCCUGGAGAAGAUGGGACUGUCAGACAUCAUGCUGAUAGUGCGACUGAUGUGCCUGUGUGCCGCAGGAAAGGUAACUUUGUCUGACAUUGGCCCAGAGGACAGUCAGGGGAGUCAACCCAGCAGUCUUGAUCACCUUACUGCAGCGAUCGGUUCCCUGGUGGCAGAAAAUAACAGGGCCCAGAACCAGCUCCUUCACCUCUGUGUCAAGGAGUUGUUAUCAGCUGCCUUGGGAGGAGCACAGAAUUCUGACCAAAGUGUCCGCAACAAGAAGCCCUCAAAGUCAACGGGUGAUGCCCGCAAGUCCACCCUCUCUGUCACCAAGUCACUUGUAGCCCUGCUUGCCAAGUGUGGGGUCACUGGUACACAGGCGGCCACUGCCAGACAAAAAGCUGGAAGUACAAGUGGAGAGCAGGAUGAUCAACCAGUGAGUAUGGUCCAGCUGAUUGAAGCCCUGGCUGCAUGCACCCUCUCCAAACACAUCGACCAGCAGUAUCGGCGCUGGGCCGGGGCUCAACUAGUCAGGUCAAUAGCCACAGAGCUGGGCCACUCUGGCCUCAGUGGCCCCCAGAUAGACCUGGGGUCAGACCUGCCCCCCUGUACAGUGAAUAAGCUGAGAGGCCAUCAGAACAGACUCUCUGACUGCUGCUGGAGCAAGAGCAAGUCACUUCUGGCUACCAGUGGGUGUGAUGGUGUGGUGCGGGUAUGGAGUGUCCUGAACAAGACAGGCCAGGGUCUCCAGCAGACAUGCAUCUUUAACUGUGGUGAGGGCGUGGCAGGGGAAAGUACAGACGGCCAGGUCUUGGAUAACCUUGCCUGGAACAGCUCUGGAAAGCUCCUUGCUUGCUCCAUGGACAACAUGGUCAACAUCUGGGCCACAGGAGGAGGUCGAGGUCACCUGGACAUCCAACCCCACUGUGUGACAGCCCUGACCUGGGCCCAGUGUAAGCCAGUGUUUGGGGGUCAGAUGUGGCUCAACACUGACAGACUCGUUGUGGGCAGGCUGGACGGGUCACUGGCAUAUAUAGACAUACUGGACGAUGCGGGAUGUGACCGACAUGAGCUGGAACACUGCUACAGGCAGGAUGUGUCAGUAUCUCGGAUAGCUUGGUAUGAUGAGGGUCGGAGGUUUGUGGUGGGCUAUAGUGAUGGCAUGGUGUAUCAGUGUAGCCCAGAACCAUUUGAGGAGCCAUUCAAAACUCAGGCACAUGAGACAUCACUGACAUGUAUAGAGUGGGACCCUACAGGUCACAUGGUGAUGACAUGUGCAGCAGGCGACUCCCACUUGAAGGUCUGGAUUCCAGGGCUUGACGGGCUAACCCUCUUACACGACUUCUCCCACAGCGCGGCCGUCACCCUCAUACACUGGUGCCCACUGCUGGGAACUGGAGAAAACAAGAACUUGCUCCUGGCCAGUGGCUGUGACAACGGAAGUGUGUAUGUGCAGACUGUUCCUCAGCUGUCUGUCAACGAGCUUCAACUCUCACCAGUGCAUUCACAACAUAACCUUCCAGCAGAGACACAGGUGGCAUCCAGCCCGCGGACCUUAUUUACCCUCAGUGGUCAUGUGACAGCCAUCUCCUCCAUGGCCUUUUGUCCCAACAGUCUUCUUCUGGCCACUGGCUGCAGCAAGGGCUGGCUCAAGAUAUGGUCACUUCAGGAUGGCAGCCUACUUCAGGUGUACAUAGGGGCAGGAUCUCUCCGUAGCAUGUGCUGGUUUGCUGACUACGGCCUGGCUGCCUGCUUUAACAGGUCUAAGGAUGUGGUGUUGGUGAGCUACCCAGAGGACAUCCGCAUGAGGCAGCAAGUGUCUGCCACCGCCCGAACCCACCUCCAGACAGGCGGUAUUAACCUGAUACAUGCUCCCUGUCUCAAAACACUCCUCAACAACAUACCUCAGCUGCUCCAGCAACAAUACACAUAUGAGAAGCCUUUAGUGAUGGGAGGAGAUCAGUUGCUACACAGCAGUUACCUACAAGCCAUGUGUUCCCUCACUGUGGGGCUACAGUUAGACAAGGUCCUCUGCUACAACCCAUCACCCCCACACCAUACAGAUGUUGGCCAAGGUGUGAUUCAAGAGUGGCAUUGGCUUCACUCCUACUCUCUGGCCCUGAAGGCCUCCCAGAGUAUUGUGGCCAGACAGCCCUUCCCUCAGGCCUUCACACACCUUGACAUCUCCACAUACAGUGAAAACAUAACACCAGAUGUCUGGGACAACUCCAAAUGGAACCUGUCUGCAGAUGCUGACAUCAUGGCUUGGGCUUCCCAAAAGCCAGAGGACUGGCAGAUAGGUGGAAAGUGUGAGGCCUACAUGUGGGGGUAUGAGAGGCACGGACAACUGUGUGAGGGUGGCAGAGUGGUCCUCACACCCAUCAAUGUACCUGCAUAUACUGUUGCACAACAGAUAAUCUGUGGGCAGAACUGCACGUUUGUGAUCCAGGCCAAUGGCACAGUGCUGGCCUGUGGGGAGGGGAGCUAUGGGAGGCUGGGACAGGGCAACUCAGAUGACCUUAAAUCACUUACCAUCAUUUCAGCAUUGCAAGGUUAUGUAGUGACGCAGCUGUCCACAUCGGUGGGAUCUGAUGGACACAGUAUGGCAUUGACUGAGAGCGGAGAGGUGUUUAGCUGGGGUGAUGGGGACUAUGGGAAACUAGGGCAUGGAAACAGUGACAGACAGAGGCGCCCCCUACAGAUAGAGGCGCUAAGGGGGGAAGAGGUUAUACAGGUUGCUUGUGGAUUCAAGCACAGUGCAGUGGUAACUGCCAGCGGGAAGCUGUUCAUGUUUGGUAAUGGUGAUUAUGGCAGACUGGGCCUGGGCUCCACCAGUAAUGUCAAACUGCCCACCAGGGUACCAGGCCUUGAUGCAUUCCAGAUUGGUCAGGUAGCAUGUGGUCUAAACCACACCCUGUGUGUGUCGGCUGAUGGCUCCACUGUGUGGUCGUUUGGUGAUGGUGACUAUGGGAAGCUUGGCGUGGGAAACACCAACCGGGUUCUCACACCCACUAAGGUUGAGGCCCUGCAUGGGAUACCUGUGAAAAAGGUUGGCUGUGGGGCCCAGUUCUCUGUUGCCCUGUCCAGGGAUGGAACUGUCUACACAUGUGGGCAAGACCGGCUACUAGGCCAGCCUGACCACCGGUCUCGUAAUCACAUGAAGCCCCAGCAGGUUCCCAGCAUCUCCAGCUACUUUCUGGAGGAUGUGGUGGUCGGAGUGGACCACACCCUUGCACUCACCAGCUCCGGCAACAUCUGGGCAUGGGGGAACAAUGCGGAUGGUCAAUUGGGGCUCGGGCACACAAAUUCCCCAGUCAGGGAGCCCCAGAUUGUCCCAGGCAUGGAUGGCAAGGAGAUCAGGCAGAUCUCGGCUGGUAAGAGCCACUCAGCAGCCUGGACCUGCCCCCCUCCACCACGUCGACUCCCGGGUGUCCCUGCCCCUCUACUCCUGGGUACCCCUGAGUCGGUCCCUGUUCAGUACUCUAGCCUUGCCAGGUACCCUGUAGCCGACAUAAGGGGCAGACUGAGGCUCCUACAUCACUACUCUGAUCUCAUCUACUCGUCAUGGAGACUCCUGCCUCUCAAUAUUCCAAAGGCUGAGCUUUGUGUGUUUGACCAGGGUGUGUCAGGUAUAGUGAGUGGUAAACUACGUCACCUCCUGGCUCCUCGAGUCUACACCCUGCCCCUUGUGCGCUCUCUUGGGAAAACCAUGGUGCAGGGCCGCAACUAUGGGCCACAGAUCACAGUCAAGAGGAUUGCUUCUAGAGGCAAGCGUUGCAAGGCAGUGUUCAGCCAGAUAUCUGGUCAGGUUGUGAGACUGCGUCCAGAGGAGUUAAGACUGCCAGCCCGGGCCUGGAAAGUAAAACUGCUAGGGGAGGGGGCCGACGAUGCUGGGGGCGUGUUUGAUGAUACCAUCACUGAGAUGUGCCUGGAGCUCGAGUCAGGUGUGGUUCCCCUACUGUUGCCCACCCCCAAUACCAGCACAGAGACGGGCAACAACAGGGACAGGUACGUGUUAAACCCGAGUCUACGAUCAGACGAGCACUGUAAUAUGUUGAAGUUCCUGGGUAUCUUGUUUGGGGUGGCCAUUCGCACAAAAAAGCCCCUAGACCUUCACCUAGCCCCUUGCGUGUGGAAACUACUUGUUGGCGUCGCUCUACGUGUAGAGGAUUUGGAGGAGAUUGACUACAUGUAUGUACAGAGUUUGAGGGGCAUUGCAGAAAUCCAUAAGAGAGGCAUCAAUGAAACCAACUUCCAUGAGUUUAUCCCACUGGACUGUUUUGAGGGCCAAUCGCUGGAUGAUCGGAUGGUGCCAGUGACCCCUGGGGGACGGAACAUACCCCUGAACUUCCACAAUAGACAGGAGUAUGUGGACAGUGUCAUAGCAUAUAAACUGCAUGAGAUGGAUGCACAGGCUACCCUGGUGCGUGAAGGUAUGUCUUGGAUCAUUCCUGUGCCCCUGCUCAGCCUGUUGACUGCCACGGCCCUUGAACACCUGGUCUGUGGGGUGGAACACAUCGACAUUGACAUGCUCCAGAAGGUUGUCAGGUACCGAGGUAUAGACGAGAAUAACAAGAUGGUUGUGUGGCUGUGGCAGGUGCUUGGCUUGUUCUCUAACGAUGAGCGGAUACAGUUCCUACGGUUUGUGUCGGGUCGUACACGCCUCCCCGCCAACCCAGCAGACAUACCGCAGAGGUUCCAAAUCAUCAGCUCUGGAAGGGGAGAGGACAGCCUGCCAACAUCUCAGACGUGUUUCUUCCAGCUUCGACUACCCAACUACUCGAGUAUUGAGGUGUUGGCCGAGAAACUUAGGUAUGCCAUCAACCACUGCAAGUCUAUCGAUAUGGACGAUUACAUGCUCAACCGACAGGAGGAUAAUGAGGGAAACGGCCUCUUUGACAACAUUUGGGCGGAAGAGGAAAAUGAGGAUUGAAUGUGUGGUGGUGGCACUCAACAAGUAUUGGGAUGUUGAGGCACUGAACAAUACAUGGAGGACAGAAACUCGAACAGCAAAGUUGCUGGCUAAAAAUGUGCUAUGGUUUCAUGGUCCUUUUAUAAUUGUUUUCUGCAGAAAUAAGUGACAUACACCAUAGUUGCUUCCUUCUAGUCAUGGGACGAUUGGAAAGUGCUAUCAUGUAUCACUAUAACAUUAUUUUUCACUCAACGCGCUUGUAAAUUAUAACAUAUACCUCGAAGGCAGAAUUAAGGACAAAUAACAAGAAAGUUGACAGUAAUAACUUACCAGAACAAUUACAUAAUGUAGUGAAUAGUAAUAUUGAACCAUUUAAGUAAAGUUUGAUAUUAGAUGUUAUAUAGUUUAGUACUGAGGUCUGUGAUGCACUUUGUGAUUGUCUUUCAUGUUUUACUGUAAUGCAAUUAAUUAUUUCAGUGUUGUCAGUCAGAAAAUGCCAUAUAUGCUGUCAGUCAGAGGAUGCAAUGUGUAUGUGCUCUGUCAGUCAGAGGAUGCAAUGUGUAUGUGCUCUGUCAGUCAGAGGAUGCAAUGUGUAUGUGCUCUGUCAGUCAGAGGAUGCCAUGUGUAUGUGCUCUGUCAGUCAGAGGAUGCCAUGUGUAAAUGCUCUGUCAGUCAGAGGAUGCAAUGUGUAAAUGCUCUGUCAGUCAGAGGAUGCAAUGUGUAUGUGCUCUGUCAGUCAGAGGAUGCAAUGUGUAUGUGCUCUGUCAGUCAGAGGAUGCAAUGUAUAUGUGCUCUGUCAGUCAGAGGAUGCAAUGUGUAAAUGCUCUGUCAGUCAGAGGAUGCAAUGUGUAUGUGCUCUGUCAGUCAGAGGAUGCAAUGUGUAAAUGCUCUGUCAGUCAGAGGAUGCAAUGUGUAAAUGCUCUGUCAGUCAUAGGAUGCAAUGUGUAAAUGCUCUGUCAGUCAGAGGAUGCAAUGUGUAAAUGCUCUGUCAGUCAGAGGAUGCAAUGUGUAAAUGUUCUGUCAGUCAGAGGAUGCAAUGUGUAAAUGCUCUGUCAGUCAGAGGAUGCAAUGUGUAUGUGCUCUGUCAGUCAGAGGAUGCCAUGUGUAUGUGUUCUGUCUGUCAGAGGAUGCAAUGUGUAUGUGCUCUGUCAGUCAGAGGAUGCAAUGUGUAUGUGCUCUGUCAGUCAGAGGAUGCAAUGUGUAUGUGCUCUGUCAGUCAGAGGAUGCAAUGUGUAUGUGCUCUGCUCAGUUUCGCUUUAUGUGCACUAGCUAGACGGCAGUUUUCUAGUAAAGAAAGUGUAUAUGUCUUGGCAUGUUUUCUUGUGAAGUAAAACAUGGGUUUGAUAUUUAUUUGAAAAGAUUGAGUUGCGAAAAAAAUAAUUGGUCUGCUAUAGUGUUAUUUAUUGUUUUGUCACACUGGAUUGUUGUUGUUUUUAUUAUUUAAAUGUCUGUAGGGAAUGUUUAGUAAUGUUUAUCAUCUAAUUAUUUUUCUGCAUUAUGUGCUUAGAUCUUGAUUUUGGCAUUUUGUAGUCUAGAGUUUCAAUUACAUUUGACAUCUGGAAUUAAUAUGUCAGUAUUAUUACUCCCAGCCAAUAUCAAAUGUGUCUAAUGUAUGGAUUGCUGAAGGAUGCUUCAUUUUGUUCAGAUUUAUUUAGAAUAAGGGAUUGAGAAAUAAAAUAAAAUGUCUAAAGGCGUGAGAACACUUUGGUUGCAUGUAGCUUUUGAACGAGAGAUAAGGAGAAUCUGGCUUUUAUGAGUUUGUAUUUAUUACUUCUUGUUUUAACAUUAUGUUAUAUCAUCGAAAUGUUUGAUUGGAAUGUCAGAUUUGUGUUUGAGUAAUAUUACCGAUUUAAUUAUCGAUGUUCUUUGUUGAUAACAAUGUGUUACCUGUUUUGGAGAUAAUUUCAAAUAAAUUUUCCCUGAGGA